AGUAUAGUAGCGCUUAACUUUUCAAACGGGACCCAAACACACACACGGGACAGUAGACACUCAACACGGGCAUUAGGACGGACAGAAACGCUGUCGUUUAUUGUAACGGAUUAUCAUUAGUUUUAAUCGCAAGGACAUGUCGAAUUAAAGAGGACUUCUUCAAACCGGUCUGGAUAAUACAUCAACAUUUAUUUAAUGCCGAAGUGGAUAAUUUUUUUUUUUUCUUAAACUUCGCAAUGGAAUAUGUUUAUGAAAGCGACCAAAGGACUGGCAUGAGGAGGGCGGACGAGUGAUGAUGUUUAGCGCUUAAAUUUACAAGUUAUUCCAGCAGUGCGCGCAACAUGUGUUGCACUGACGCGAGUUAUUUUGACAGCACGCGGAGCAGACAGACUGCGAUAUAGUUUUUAAAAACAGUCUUGGCAUUUGCAAUAAUACAUGAUAUUUCUGCACAUGUUAAAAUGAUCUCGGAGGAGAGAAGCAAUCACAUCUCUAAACAAGCGCUCGGCUUUCCCGUUGGGUUAUUGAUCCGCUCGCCCAAGAGACGCCUGGCGAUGCUGGGCAGAAAGGCCAGCAACGGAUCUCUACAGUCCAGCGCAUCUGACAGCACGGCUCAGUCUGUGGAGAGCACUGGAGUCAGGCAGCCAGCCAAGAGCAAGAUACGCCGACACAACAACAGGCUGACCACGGUGUUUAACCGAAGUCCUGUUCUGCAAAACGGUCGGCAGGGUCAGGAAGCCAGAACCCUAGAACUGCAGGCAGCGGAUGACCCUGCAGAGCUGUCCAGUCAGAGAACUGUCCCAGGGAUCCUCAAGAUAUUUGGCAGUGACAUUUGUCAAGGGACCAACUAUAAGAGCGUUCUGGCCACCAGUCACUCCAGUGCCAAAGAGCUGGUCAGAGAGGCUCUGGAGAGGUACUGCUUGGAAAAGGAAGACUCCAGUGCGUAUGUGCUCUGCGAUGUGAUUGGCCGAACUGGGUUGGACCAUGAAUGGAAGACUGAGUGCUUUCGGGUUGUCGGUGACCAUGAGAAGCCCCUCAUGUUGCAGUCACUCUGGAAACCCAAGGAGGGAUUCCUCAGGCGUUUCGAGAUCCAGAAAAGAGCAAGCGUGGAGGCACAAAGUGCCAAGGAUACAGACACCAUCACUGCAGGCCUUAACGCCCAGGCCCGAAAGCUGCAGCAUGCCCGUUCGCGGGUCACCUCCCUGUUCGUUGAUGGGACAAAUGAGGGGGUGGAUGCUCUGGCUAUCUGGAGGAGCUUGAGUGACAUGGAUGUCUCCACUAUGGGAAAAGGGACCCAUAAUGCACCUCAGCAGGAGGAUCCAGAGGCAGAAGCUGAUAAAGAGGCUCACCGACUCAACGCAGAGAAAGAGGAGACGGAAAGCAGCGAUGACAACAACACGCAGUACUCCAUCCAUCUGCCCUUUGAUUUCCCAUAUUUCCUUCUGCUGCAAGGAUACAACCACAGACAGGACUUUCUGAUCUAUCUGAUGAGUGGGAACAGUUGUGUAUUUGGUUGCUCCAGUGAAUCCUCCGCUGAUAAGAAUGAGGAGACCCUGAAGGUGGACGUCUUACUCUUUGCCCCCGACAUCCUACCUCAGCAUUGCUGUGUUCAGCGCCUAGACGCCACCAAUGACCAAACCAAGGGUGGCAGUAAGAUGCGAACCAUUCUCAGACCCCUCCACAGCUCAUGUGUAACACACAACGGCGUCCCCCUUGAUGACGAGGUUGAGUUGUGUCCAGGUGACCUGGUGGGGCUUGGUCAGCACUAUCUCUUUAUGUUCAAGGACCCUACGAUCUCAGGAGCCUUUCAGACCCCAUCCUGGAUGGCCACCCUGUGCCCCCCUACCACGACAUCACCCUGUAAAUUGUGCGGCACAUCCGUCAGGAGAAGGAGGACUAAAAAAAUGGCUGCCCGCUGGAGGGACUUGGACGGUAGGGUGGUGUCGCUGUCCUAUCAGGUGCAGCAUGAAGAUCAGGUCUUGGAAAAGAUUGUCAGUAUGGUGGAUCCAGUAGGGGAAGAACCCAAACUCACUCCAGCCUUUCUACUAUGUCUGUGCAUUCAACACUCCGCCACCAACUUUGAGUUGGUUCACCUUCGGAAAUUGCUGCUCUCUAUUGCCAAUCAGAUCCAGCUCACCAUGUGGGAAAGAACAAAAGAACUCGCAGCUCUGCAGCCAGACAUAAGCACCAGUGAUAUGUCAGCAGAGCUGCAUGUGUUGAACAUGAAGGAUCUGAUCCCAGGCCUGCAGCCACUGGUGUUGUGGAUGUCCAACUCCAUUGAGCUGCUGCACUUCAUCCAGCAUGAGGUCCCUCUACUCUUAACAUGGAGACAGCAGGACAGACAGGAGCAGGACAAAGAAUCAUUGGAUUGUCAGAUCGAGUCCACACGUACUGCCAGUGAGGAGGCCAUGACUGUCCUGGAGGAAGUCAUCAUGUUCACCUUCCAGCAGUGUGUCUACUAUCUCACCAAAAGUAUGUAUGCUGUGUUACCGCGGCUGCUGGAUAGUAACCCUUUCUCUGAGAGCGGACAGCUGUGCAUGCCUGCAGGAGUCAGCCAAAUCCUAGACAUCCUAAAGGAGGCACUGCACCUGCUCAACACUUUCCUGGUGCACAACGAGAUCACAUCUCAACUGCUGACCUACUUGUUCUUCUUCACGAACGCCUCGCUCUUCAAUGCACUCAUGGAGAGAGGGUCUGGAGGUGGUUUCUACCAGUGGUCUAGAGGAGUACAGAUCCGGGCCAACCUGGAUUUGCUGAUGGACUGGACUCAAAGCAUCGGGCUGGGAGAUUUGGCUGCCGACUUCUUCCAGAAACUCUCUUCAGCCGUCAACCUGCUUGCAACUCCCAAAGAGACCCUGCUGCAGGCAUCAUGGUCCACUCUGAGAGCUGAGUUUGUUCAUCUGAACCCUGCACAGCUGCAUCAUAUGCUGAGAGAGUACAACACAGCCCGUACCUGCCCUCCAUGCUGGACUCCGUCUCCAGAGGAUGCAGCGGCGGCCCUCCAUACCUCUAAUAUCCUGGAAAGUUUCGACAAUCAUCCUCCUCUAAUCCUGCCCAGCAGCAUCUUUCAUCUGGAGCUGGGAAAUCCCAUCACAGAGCCAGGGCUGUUCCCUCCAUUGCAGCAUCUGCAGGAGUUUAUCCAGUCUCUCCCAGACAGCCAGACACAGUCUGAUCAUCAGCCCUCACAGGGCUCCUGCAGUAUCUUGAAUGAAGAGACAUCACCUGAACCAAUCACCUGCCAGGAUUCAGAGGCAACAGAUCAACACCCUGUCCCCAUGACACCUCCUCAGUUUCGGGAGUCUCACAGCAAUCUGAGCUCGUGUGAGGCCGUCCUGACCCAGAAACUCAAGAGCCUAGAGCUCCAAAACAGCUUGUCUGGAAGUACAGGCCUGGGCUACCACAAGAGCCUGGCCCUUGACCCCUCCUGCCUGCUUACGCCUCCCAACACCCCUCAGAAUCUAGACCAAGCCGAGCUGGAAGCCAGCCUUCUGGAGGGGACGGCACAGCAGACGGCACACCAGCGCAGGAAAGUGAAGAACGGCCUCACAGGAAACACAGACCAAAGAAAAGAGGAAGAUGAGGAUGACAGAGAUGAAGUGUUCACCGUAGAGCUGAUGAAAGGACCUCAUGGUCUUGGUCUGGCACUGGUGGAUGGAAUGAAAACUCCCCUGCGAGUGAGUGGGAUCUACGUGAAGUCAGUGGUGCCAGAUUCCCCAGCAGCCCUCAGCCAGAGACUCAGAGUGGGCGACCGAAUCCUCGCUGUGAAUGGAGUCAGUCUGGUGGGCGUCGAAUACCACAGUGGGAGAGAACUCAUCCGGACGUCAAGCGAUUCACUCCGAUUACUGGUGGCCAAAACUGAAUCCAGGAGCUUCAUCACCAGAUGUUAAGAAACACAACAGACUCAUCUGGAUUCUUGACUGAAUCAUCGAGCUGAUUUUCCUCAUUGAUCCAUUCAGCCAAAUCUGAAACUCAAAUAUUUUGCUGAAACCAAAGUAAAGGCAAUUCAACAGGAUUAAUUCAUGUUUUAUUUUUUUUAAGUUGUUGUUGUUGUUGCUUCUGCUGGCAAACUCUUUGUCUCAGAAGGCCAGAAUAAUAUGUUGAUAUCUUCCAUUCAUAGUGUUUAUUUCACACUUUUCUUUCUAUCUUUAAUGUAACAUAGUUUACCAGAUGUUUUAAACCGUUGUUUACCAGUGUUUUAUUUUCAUUUAGUAUCUGUCUGUCUGUGAUUUUCUGGUUUCAGAAAUAGUUGUGGUCCAGACAGGGUUAUUUCAGUUUCCUUAAAGUUCAAACUGGAAGGAAAAGACAAUUACAGCUUGAUUCUCUGUUUAUAACAUCCAAAUACUGCUGUAAAUCAGUGAGAACUACAUUAGUUUGUAGUCAUUUUGUAAUAUUUAUCCAAAGUAUCACUAUUAAAGUGCUGCUUUAAAUGGUUCAUGUUGCUGAUGUUAUGAAACUAACCUUGUACUGUUUUCAUAUGACAUUUCAUAUUGAUAUUACUUGUGAGGUUCCUGAUGUCAGUCGAUGAUAUUCUAAAUGAUUAUAUUCUUCUCAGUGCCAGAGAAACAGUGUUAUAUUGUGUCAUCUGUGUUCAUGAUGGUGUAUAAAAACUAUCAGUUUUAAUAUUUAUGUGUUAUUCUACAAGUGUAAUAAAUAUUAUUUUGAUUUCUUUUUAAAGAAAAGAGAUAAACUACA